AUGCCUCUGCAGCCAAAGUCCCUGGACACCCGGGUGGACAGGGACAGCUCGUUGCUGUCCCCCAUCGCCUACGACGACGAUGCCAUCUCGCUACACAGCAGGAGCGACCAGGACACCGACAGCGAAGAUGACGAGCUCAUGGCCCGCGCCCGCAACAGCCGCGAGCUCCGCGCACGGGACCGCCUGGUGCUGAUGGAGGAGGAGGAGAUGCACCGCUUGGUAGCCGACACCCGCGCCAAACAGGAGCGCCAGCGCAGGGGCAGCGGCCUUGCCAUCCCGAACCCUCUGCAGAUGUUCAAGGCUGGCGGUCGGACUCGCUCCCAGAGCCCCAUGAGCGCCACCAAUGCCUCCACAGACGACUUCCAUGACGAGAAGAGGCGCGCGAGGCGCGCCCGGAGGAAGCAGAAGAAAGACCGCCUCCUCAAGGAGGCACAACACGGCGAGGAUGGCCAGCUCAUGUACGAGAUGGAGUCCGGGGGCAUGCGCGACGGCAGUUCGACCGGCGACAGCAGCGAUAGGGAAGACAGCGACGAGCUUGACCGCCAGCGCCUCCAGAUGCACUCCGACAACAAGACCGAGAAGAGGAGGAAAUGGAAGAAGUGGCUGUUCAUCAAUGCCGUCCUGACUGUCGGCUUCUCCUUCCUAGCUCUGCUUGCCUGGAAGAUAUCGCUGGACAAGAAACGAUCAACCCCGACGCUGGUGAGCAAUGGCACUGCGCUCUUUGCCCCCACGACUCUCAUUAUCAGCUUGGACGGUUUCCGGGCCGAUUUCUUACAACGGGGCCUGACACCGAGGCUAGACGCCUUCGUCAAGGAGGGCGUCAGCCCAUUGUACAUGAAUCCCUCGUUCCCGUCUGUGACUUUCCCAAAUCACUAUACUCUCGCGACAGGACUGUAUCCCGAAAGUCAUGGUGUGGUCGGCAAUACUUUCUGGGAUCCUGAGCUCUCAGCCGAGUUCUACUAUACUGAUCCAUCAAGAAGCAUGGACCCGAAAUGGUGGGGCGGCGAGCCCUUCUGGGUCACUGCUGAGGAGCAAGGUGUCCGUACAGCGGUGCACAUGUGGCCUGGCAGUGAAGCCCAUAUCAUGAGUCUCGAACCCAGCUUCUUGGAUCAGUUCAAUGGCAAGGAGAAGCUACCAAAGAAGGUUGCUCGAAUGCUCGAAUUGCUGGACAAGCCGGGACUAGAGGACCCGAGCGCUGACACCAAGGACAUGCGACCGCAGCUGAUCGCCGCCUAUGUUCCUAAUGUCGAUGCAGACGGUCAUAAAUAUGGACCUAACAGCACCGAGAUCCAGAAGACCAUAACUCAAGUCGAUACUAUGCUGGAUCAGCUGUUUCAUGGCCUAGAAGAGCGGAAUCUGACCGACAUCGUGAAUGUCAUCAUUGUGUCCGAUCACGGAAUGGCGACAACCGAUGUUUCUCGCAUGAUACAGACGGAUGAUCUCAUUGAUAUGUCCAAGGUCGACCACAUUGAUGGCUGGCCUCUGGUCGGUGUCAGGCCGAAAGACCCAGCCGAUCUGCAGGAACUCUAUGACCAGGCAGCAGAGAAAGGAAAGGAUAACCCCAAUUUCGAGGUCUACCUGAGGGACAAGAAUAUGCCCGAGCGGUAUCACUUUUCUAACAACGAUCGCAUCGCACCUCUUUGGAUCAUUCCCAAGACUGGGUGGGCAAUUGUCACCAAGGAAGAAUUCGACAUCGAGGACGCCAAGACUAAAGGGUUGGUCUAUCAUCCUCGCGGACUGCACGGAUACGACCAUGAACAUCCCUUGAUGAGAGCGAUAUUCAUUGCUCGUGGUCCUGCUUUCCCACAUGAGCCCAAUAGCAGGGUCGAGCCAUUCCAAAACAUCGAGGUUUACAACAUCCUAUGUGACUCUGUAGGUAUGGACCCCAUGCCGAACAAUGGUACCUUACGCCUGCCUCUGAAGACUGUCGGCCUCCAUGAUACCGAGUCAGCCCCCGAGAGGCCAGCCGACCCGGAACCCAGUCCAGCAGCUGCAGAACCAACGACAACAGAAGAUAGCGCGACAGGCGUCAUGACUAUUUCUCCGAUCGAGGCCAGCUCUGCAGCAGAUCCGGAUGAAGGUCCGCCAACUGCCGUUGGUGUUGAUCCCAGUGAACCUCCCCAGGAGCAGUCUCCGGACGAUGGAAACGAAGGCGAAGAGGACGAACCGUCUUUUGACUCCCUUUCGGACUAUUGGGAUUGGCUGACGGGGAAGCUAGAUGAUCUUUGGUCGAAGAUAUCGGGAUCCGACAAGAAGCCAGAGUAA